UGCGUGUACACCUGUGGGACCUCUCUGGAAGCCCAGAAUAUAUUGAUGUUAGAAAUGAACUCUACCUCCAGACCGACGCCAUCUUUAUGGUGUAUGACGUCACUAAUCAAGCCUCGUUUGAGGCGUUGGAAGUUUGGAUGAAGGAGGUCAAUAAGUACAGUACGACUGGCCCAGAAAUACGAUUGGUCGGAAACAAGAUUGAUAUUAAGAACAAACGUCAGGUUGAGAAGGAUGAAGCUAAAAAAUGGGCAACGCAAAAUAAAAUGGUAGGUUACUACGAGACGUCUGCGUCCACAGGUGAAGGUAUUGACUCCUUGUUCCACGAUAUGUUGUGCUCAAUAAUUGAGAGAAAGAAACUUUAUAAAAAGUCGGCGUCGCUAUGACAACAUGGUGUUGUGACAAUGUGUGAAUAUUUCUUUGUGUAAUUGAAAAAUAACUUCAGCAGCCAUUAUCUGUCAAUUGCCCUGACAGUGUGUUUGAGAUUUGUUUUUGUUUAUGUUGACAGACAGUGAAAUGUUUAUUUUAUCAUCCGUAUAAUAAUGUAUGUGUUGUAUUUCUAGGUAUGCAUAUGUUUAUAUCUAAUUAAACAUCAUUACUCAAUUUUAA